GCCAUAUACACACCUAGUCCAUUAUAUUCAUCUUCAAGUCCAACAAAAACUCAUUCAUUAGCCCCAUUUGCUUCAAAUCCUCAGAGAGAUCUCUCCUCAUGGCUCCAAUUACAGUCGGCAAUGUUAUACCAGACGGAAAGAUCUCAUUCUUCGAUGAGAAUGAUCAGCUUCAGACAGUCUCCAUUCACUCUUUCGCCGCCGGUAAAAAAGUAGUUUUCUUUGGUGUCCCUGGUGCGUUCACUCCCCUUUGCAGUAUGAGCCAUGUGCCUGGAUUCAUUGAGAAAGCAGGGGAGUUUAAGUCAAAGGGUAUUGAUGAGAUCAUUUGCUUUAGCGCAAACGAUCCGUAUGUGAUGAAGGCAUGGGGAAAGACAUACACAGAGAACAAGCACGUGAAGUUUGUAGGUGACGGGUCAGGGGAAUACACACACCUUCUAGGACUUGAGCUUGACCUCAAGGACAAGGGUAUGGGCGUUAGGACAAGGAGAUUCGCUAUGUUGCUCGAUAACCUCAAGGUUACUGUAGCCAAUGUUGAAUCUGGCGGUGAGUUCACCAUUUCCAGCGCCCAAGAUAUCCUCAAGGCUCUCUAGAUAACUUUAUCUUUUGCUUAUUGUAUUGUGUUAUGUAAACCGCUCUAUGUGAAGUAGAGGAUUCUAUAGCCUCAUUUUAUGCAUAAUAAAGCAGCGUGUGACUUGCUUGAUAUAAUAAAAUAAAGUAUUAUUUGGUUUUUA